AAAUGCGCCUGCGCGGUAGCUGGAGCGGGUGGAUGGCCCAGGUAGUCGGGGUUGUCCGCAAGGUCUCGCCAUUACUUUGCCAAUCCCACAGAGACUGAACAGUUAAGGUUCCUAUUGAACGUAACAGGACAAAAUCUUGGCAAUUUUCAAAACGUUGAGACAGACCAGCAGGGCAGACAGUUUCCGUGGGUAGAGAAACAGUUAAGAAAAUCUAACAAGAUGCUGUUUCCAAAGACGAAGCCUUUGAGCGUCGUACGGAUCCUACAUCCUCAUAUUACUAAGAGGAGUUUCUGGGAAUGGCUGAAUGCUGUUUUCAACAAGGUGGAUUAUGAUCGUAUCAAGGCCGUUGGUCCAAACAGAGCAGCAUCUGAGUGGUUACUUCGAUGUGGUGCCAGUGUGCGAUACAAAGGUUUUGACAAGUGGCAGAAAGAUUACAAUCACUUACCCACUGGUCCAUUAGAAAAAUUCAAAAUUGAAGCAAUUGAUGCCACCGAAUCAUGCAUUAUGUUCAAAGGAUUUGAUUACCUCGAUAAUCUAGAACAUAUUGAAGAAAUUAAGUUCCAGAGGUGUAUAUAUAUUCAGGAUGAAUGUCUUGAGCGACUAUGCAGGAUAGAAAAUUUGCAAAGAAGCCUGCAACGGCUGGAAAUAAUUUCCUGUGGAAAUGUCACAGACCGUGGAAUCCUAAGUCUUUACCAUCUUAAAACUUUAAGUUACUUGUUUUUGAGUGACCUUCCUGGCAUAGAAGAAAAAGAAAGAACACUUCAGACUUUACAAAAGGCUCUACCCGCCUGCCAGCUGAAAGUGGACCUUGCAUAAAACUACUUUUGAAAUACUUAUAAAGUCAGUAAUGUAUGCAAAUAAAAAGCUUGCAUAUGGAUACAACUUCAGAAAAUAUCUCAAAAAUAGCUUUAGUAUUAUUUAAGAAUGAAAUUAUGACAGAACUAGUGUGUUCACAGAAGAAACAAAACCCACUAAGGUGCUUUAAAUUCAUCUAUAAAUUAAAAUAAAAACUAAAAUUUGGCUUAAUCCACCCUAUUGUCCUGAAAUGAGGAAACUAAACAUCCAUGAAUCAAAUUAUAAUUAUACUGAAAAUGUUUAAGCAUUAAUAAUUGACAUAUUAUUAGAAAUACUCCCCUUGGUAGUCUUCACAUCAAAAUACCUUGGAGGUGUGUACACACAGCUAGUAGGAAACUGCAUUAUUUUAUUACUUUAUUUGUAAUUAUGAAGUACAACAUUAUGAAGUAGAAUGGUGUACAUUUUGUUGCAUUAUAUAUAGAUAACUGGAUGUCUAAAUUAUUUCAUUAAAUUUAUGAUUUAAUAUAAAAUAUAAUAAAGAAAUAAAAUCAGAGCAAAUUGCCAUUAAAUAUAAAUGGUAUAAUUGUAGUAACAGUUCAGAACCAUUUUUUUCAGUGAUGGUAUAUGGAUGUUGCUGACAAAUCAAAUGAAUAGCUUUUGUGGUAGGUCAUUUUAGAGGCUGGUUAACAGUCAACUACAAAUGUGUAAGUUGGUGUGACCUGGGGGCACAUUCGUACCAGACUGAACAAUGAUCACUGAUUUCCUCUUAUAACAGAAUAAUACAAAAUUUAAUAUGACAUGCAACAUUCUUAAAGAGUGGAAUUGUGCUACUUUGACCUAGAAUGGUGUAUAUCAACAACAAUUUGGUUGUUUUUAAGGGACUUUUCUGAUGUUGUAGCUUUAAGGUUUAAACCAGUACUUGUGUAAAAAUCAUAGUGAUAACAGCUACAGUUUUUGUUUUCAACUAUCUGAUUUAAAUCUAACAUUGUAUCUGAGGGUUAAAAAAACUGCUGUUGCUGUAAGUCAAAUAAAAACAGAAAUCACAACAGGUCAGGCAGCACUCUGUGGAGAGGGGAACAAUUAUUAUUUUAGGCCUAUGAUCUCUCAUAAUUCUGAUGAGUGAUUCAGCACUUUGCCUUUUUACUACUGAUACAAAUAAUGUUAGGAUAUGAGUUCCUGUGUGAUUUCAGACACAUUAUUAACUUCAAGCUCCAUCAAUCUUCAUGUUAAGAUUUGAUUAGUAAGCUCAAUAACAUGCAAAAAUACAAAGGAAGACCCUUCUGAAUUUUACAUGGCGAGUACUCGCAUUAUAUAUAUUCGCAAGUAUAUCGGCACGGACUAGAAGGGCCGAGAUGGCCUGUUUCUGUGCUGUAAUUGUUAUAUGGUUUAUAUUAAUUUGUUGAUUAAUUGCCAAAGCUACACUCAAAUAUUUGAUGAACAACUUAAUGCCUUUGAAUUGAGGUAAUCUUCUAUACUGAAACUUUUUUAAUACAACAAAAUCAAAACUAAGUAAUUCAAAAUGAAAUUAAUGUGGAAGUCAAAUUAAGACUGAAAACAAAUUAUUCUGUUUUUGUUAGGCAGACAGAUUGUAAAUUCAGCUGGCUUGACCUUAAAAUUUUGCUCAGCAGAGAAAAUUGGUCCUGUUUUUUUCCCAUGAAAAAAGGUAAUUAUUGCUAAAAGUAUGGAGGACUAUCAUUGGCAGUAUCCUUGUUUUAACAGUCAACUUUUGUUAGGGAUGAAUGUAAAGAAGCACUUCAUUUUCAGAGAUCUUAUGACUUACUAGGUUUCUCCAGGAAGUGGAACUCUAAUUAUCUUUUAAGCAACAAGCUGUGCAUAGUAUAUAGUGUUGUUUCUUUAUACAAAUAUUGUACACAUUAAAAA